UGCACUGUAGUAUGCAAGCUGCCAUAAAAAAAAAGAGGAAGAAGAGGGGUUGGGGCAUAUGUCGGUAAUACAACUUUAAAGAUGAAUGCCGCCGUAAAAACACCGAAGAAGAAGACCUACGGCAGCAAGCUAACUUGGUAAACAGAAAGCUCUGGUAAAAGCGCACGGCUUGCUUUUAAACAAUGUUCCAUUCAAGAUGGGGCAGACCUUGUGUAUUUGUUCCCGUGGCACCAUCACCCUUGAUAACAAAAAAUAUUACUUUAUCCAGAAACUUGAUGAAGGUGGGUUCAGUUAUGUUGACCUGGUAGAGGGAGUAAAAGAUGGGCAUUUCUAUGCUCUGAAGAGAAUCCUGUGCCAUGACCGUGAAGGCCGCCAGGAAGCUCAGACAGAGGUGGAGAUGCACCAGAUGUUUAAUCAUCCCAACAUCUUGAGCCUUGUUGCGCACACCUUUGUUGAUCGUGGAGGCAAGACUGAAGCCUGGUUACUUCUGCCUUAUAUCAGAAAAGGCAGUUUGUGGGCUGUUCUGGAGAAGCUGCGAGACAAAGGAAGCUCAAUGCCCGAAAAGCAGGUUUUAAAGAUAUUUCUCGGCAUCUGCUCUGGACUCAAGGCUAUUCAUGAUAAAGGAUAUGCACACAGAGACUUGAAGCCCACAAAUGUUCUUCUAGAUGAGGAUGACAGACCAGUUCUGAUGGACCUGGGCUCUAUGAACCGUGCUAAAAUUGAGGUUAGAGGCUCUAGAGAAGCUAUGACUGUACAGGACUGGGCAGCCCAGCGAUGCACCAUUUCCUACAGAGCGCCUGAACUCUUCAAUAUAGAGAGCCACUGCAUUAUAGAUGAGCGCACUGACAUCUGGUCUCUAGGUUGUGUGCUUUACUCCAUGAUGAUGUUGGAGGGGCCAUAUGACCUGGUAUUUCAAAAGGGGGACAGUGUUGCGCUGGCUGUUCAGAAUCCUGUGGCUAUCCCACAGUCUUGCAGUUACUCAGACGGCCUGAAAAUGCUGCUGAGCUCCAUAAUGGUGUCAAAUCCCCAGGAGAGACCCCACAUCAACUGGGUUUUUGACCAGGUACAGGACCUGCUAAGUCGUAGCCCCAACACCCAAACCAACAUGGUCUGAUCGCAUUGUGCACUCAAUAUGGCCUGAGGAAGACCUUCAUGCACAGAAAAUAGCACCUCUUAUUUUAAAUUUAAAAAUAUUUCUUAUAUUUAUUGACUUUGAAAUCUAGGUACUUGAAAAUCAGACUUUCACUCAACUCAGAAAUCUUGGCAACAGUAUGAGCUUCUAAUCUGAAUGCUCUGACCAGGCCUGUGGAUCACAGUGGGCUUUUGUGUUUCCUGCAGAUUUGCCAAAUUAAUCUAAAGAAUAUACAGUAAGGCCAUAAUUGUGAUUAAACCAUGUGUUAUCAUACGUUUGACAAGGGUCACAUGUUAGAUUUAUUGAAAAGUUGACUCUGCCAUUUGUAAAGGGACAUUGUGGAAAAUAUGUAUAUGCUUUAUGUUGCAUGAUAAGAUUGAUACUGUUUUCUUGACUGUCUAAUUAGACACUAGAGGCAGUGGUCUGUUAAUGUUGUUUAGCUUAGCUUAAUGACUAGAGACAGAAAACAUCUCCAGGAAUUUAAGCUGAGCUAACCACCACCUAUAGCCUUGUAAAAUAAGCGUAUUUCUAGCAUAUAAAGUAAAAGCUUUGAGACUUGAGACCAAUAGACAAAGCUGCCUGAGCUGAGUACAUACCAUAAAACAUUCCUGUCAAGAAGACGUUUAGUCAGAAUCCUUUUGUUUUUUUUCUUGAUUCCUUAUGUAUCAUCUUGUACUAUACUGUAAUCAUCACUACAUAAUUUAAACUUAAGAAAAAUUAACUUAAGCAGUGUUCCUAACCUGCAAUGCUUUGUUUAAACACAAAGGUGCCCCACCAUUACAGAUCCCUGCUCCAUACAUUAAUGUGGGGCCUGAACAUUUCUUUUAUUGAAGUUGACAAAGUAUAACUGGGCUCUUUAUUAAACAGCAGACAUAAUAACUGCUAACACACAACAAAAGCAAACGUCAGUGUUUGCUUCUGCAGUUUAACCUUUUUAUCUUUUUUGUGUUACUUAUUGGCCAUUCCAGCUAUGCCUGUUUUAACGUCUGGGUUUCCUGACGUGUGUGAAUUUAAACUCACACUUUGGUUUUCUCAGGUUUCACCUGGACGUUAAAGGGUCUGGUAGUUUUUACUAGUAGACCUAAAUGGUCCCUUUAAAACUGUUAUUAAAUGAAAGUGAAAUGUAUUUGUGACUCUGCAAUCUUGUGAUAAUGGACCAUAUUAAAAAUGACCUGAACAGGUAACACAACCUGUGGGAAUGGUAAGAAAUGACUAUAGAGUUUAGAGUGGAAGUUUGUCUUUCUGUCACAUUACUGGAUUAAAGUACGGCUGUUUUUAAUUGUUCUGGUUGUUUACAGAUAACAGCGUUUUCUUUGAUUAUUAUUGGUUAUUUGGUUAUUAUUUAACAUUUCUAUAUUAUAUUUAACACAAUUCUGAAGAAAAUAAAUACGCAAUAAAAAGAA